CAGUCAGGCAAGUUGAAACCUGUGCACGCACACACACACACAGCCCCGUGGUAGACAACUAGGCGUUUAUAACCGACACUACAGGAGCUCAAAACAUACUUGGACAAGUGAACGGUAAUGUGAUGGAAAAUAGAUGCUGAAAGAGAAAGAUUUACCAGGUGUAAUAUGAUGGGAAUUAAUGCAAAUGGUAGAUUUAUUAAACUCACUCUAACGUCUGGGAUCCACUGAACAUUCAGAGAGUAGAGGACAGAGUUGGUACAAGUCUUCUGGCUGUAUGCCCACCUCCAGAGGCUCCAGCCAGCAUAGCGGCUAACUAGGCCUAACAACCGUAACUGUAUGCCUAACUACAGUAACAUGGCGAUGGUGCAGGUGGAGUUUGAGUAUGAGUACACAGCCAAGGACGGGGCUCUGGUCUCCAUCAAGCCCAACGAGAGGUACAUCCUGGUCUCCAGGACCAACGACUACUGGUGGCACGUCCGGAAGGACCAGAGGACCAAACCCUUCUAUAUCCCUGCCAAGUAUGUGAGGGAGCUCUCUGUGAAGACCCAGGGCCCACUGGACCUCACAAAUUCUGGGACUCAGAGUCGCACAUUCUUACAGUCAACGACUGACAGAGAGCCACUGAACAUGUCUAACAAAGGUCAAAGGUCAGGCGCUGUGACGCAGGUCCGCAUCUCCACGGAUCACUCUGCGAGAGCCACCACUCACAGGAUGUCCACGUUCGGGGUCUCACAAGACAUUGAUGAUAUCAAGCAUUAUGAGCACAUGAAGACCAUGGUGGGACUGCAGACCUCCAAUAAUGAGACUAGAGAUAUCCCGCAACAUGAUCUGAAGAGGCAAAGUUUAGCUCCAGGUUUCUCAUUCACCUCAGCCUCAGACGCUCAAGGUCUUGGUGAUAUGCUGCAGCACUGUUCCCUAAAGCUCCAUGUCUCACCUGAGCCCACAAGCGGACUUCCCCAGCUGCAGUCAAGCCCUCCUACACUUAUCAAGGAUCAAGAUAAACAGCAGAUCUCAGAUGGCCGGAUAACGAAAACACUGCCAGGGGAUCCUAGUGGGCUAUCUCAUUUAUCUCAGGACUCAGAUAUCUAUGAGACUAUAUCAGAUACCCAGCACUCAGAGUUGACAGACUUUGUGGGAACAGAACUGGCUGAAUCUUUGGGUUCAACUGAAACAUCAGCAGAACAACAGCAGAGCCUGGAUCGAACUUCUGGUCCAAUUGACGUUACAGCCCCUUCCCCUACAGCUCAGGUCAAGGAGAGUGCCCAGAACGCUGUGUACGUCAAUGUAGCGGAGCUCGGCAGAAACAUCUCUGAGUCCCUUCCCUCAGCCUUCUCCCCUCCCUGCACUCCUCCAUACCUGGACUCUAAGGGAUGGGAGGUGCACACUGACCAGGAGAGUAGACGGGAGUACUACUACCACCCCGAAUCCGGGCAGACCACCUGGGACAACCCCCACAUAGACCCUGAGGCUCCAGCCGAGGUGUCUGUGUGUUCGCCCUCCUCUCAGUUCCCCUCCCUGUCCCCCACCUCCACCUCCCCCCCUGCAUGGACCUCUGACUGGAAGCAGUGUUUGGAUGUGACCAGCGGCCACCAGUACUUCUACAACCCAGUUUCGGGGGAGACGUCUUGGGAGCCCCCAGAGCCACAGUGCCCCUACCCCCCUCUGAUGGAGCCUCUGAGUGGGCUCCGGUCUCUGGAGGAAGGGCCGCCUCCCCUGCCUGAGGAGGACUACCCAGCAGAUGACUACCCAACCGAGGUUGACCUACCAGAAGAGGAGUUGUUGGCUGUGUCCCCUGUGACCCCUCACUCCUUCCCUAAGGACUACACCCCCAGCCAUGUGACCCGGGCAGUCAUCCCCAGGGCCAGCCUGGACAGGAGCGCCCCGACGGGCUGGAACCUCAACAUAGACCCUGAUGGGACCUGGGUGUUCUCCAACAGACACUCACCUGAUCAGUGGAUCAAAUCGUUGGAUGACAGAGGACUGACGUACUACUACCUUAGAGAUGGCUCCAGAUCCCAGUGGAACCUGCCUGAGUUCUUCCCGACUCACAGAAGAAAUGCCUCAGACUACGGCUCCAGUGCGGACAACUCUCCAGAGGUGGGGCAGCACCACGUGCAGAGUUUAGAAAAAGUUGGAAUACUCAACAAAACUAAAGUGUCAGAGAACGGGAAAAGAGUAAGGAAAAACUGGGCCCAGUCAUGGACGGUCCUUCACGGAGGGGUUCUGACCUUCCAUAAAGAGCCCAAGUCUGCAGCCACAGGAGCAUCUAUCAAGACCAAUCAGAUUGUCCCAGAGGUCACGGUAGAUCUACGAGGGGCAAAGAUUGGCUGGGCUCCCAGGGAUAAAUCCAGCAAAAAGAAUGUUGUAGAAUUGAAAGACAGAAAUGGCGUUGAGUUUCUGCUACAGUACGACACUGAGAGUAUCAUCAACGACUGGCACAAAGUUCUAAUGGACACCAUACGACAGCUGGACCAGGAACACCACCAAUCUGAGGAGGAGGAUGGGGACGUCAGUGAGAAGUCCUACAGUACAGACAGAGAUCAGAGGUCACCAGGUACCAUGGACAGGAUUUCCAGACCGAGAACGGACACCUCCUCUGGGGGAGAGACCGAACAGAAGAAGGUUCGUACCAAGCUGAUGAAGUUCCUCCUGAAACGACCCACACUGCAGUUCGUCAAGGAGAAGGGUUACAUCCGAGACAAUGUGUUUUGCUGUCAUCUGGCUGCACUGUGUGCCCAGGAGAAAACUACAAUCCCCAGCUUUGUGGAGAAAUGUAUUCGAGCAGUGGAAAAGAGAGGUCUGGACAUGGAUGGACUCUACAGAGUCAGUGGGAACCUAGCUGUCAUUCAGAAACUACGCUUCAAGGCAGAUCAUGAGGAGCUAGACCUGGAGGAUGGCCAGUGGGAGGACAUCCACGUUAUCACAGGGGCUCUGAAGCUGUUCUUCAGGGAGCUUCCUGAACCCCUUUUCCCCUUCAGUCACUUCAGCCGCUUCAUCCAGGCCAUCAGAACUGUUGAGUACCACCUCAAAGUGUCUUACAUGCGAGAGCUUGUUGAGUCUCUCCCUCGGCCAAACCAUGAUACCAUGGAACUCCUCUUCAGCCAUUUACGCAAAGUGAUAGAGUAUGGAGAGGAGAACCGUAUGACUGUGCAGAACGUGGCUAUCGUCUUUGGUCCCACGCUGCUCCGGCCAGAGAUGGAGUCAGCCAAUAUCACCAUGCACAUGGUUUUCCAGAACCAGAUAGUGGAGCUAAUCCUCAAGCAAUAUGAAUACAUCUUCCAUUCCAGUUGAACCAAUGGUAAGCAUCUGUCAGUCAGAGGAGAGGGGUCAAAUUAAGCAAUAUUGCAGGAGGGGAAAAAACACAAUCACUACCGCACAGAGGGUGCAUCCAACUAAUCUUUCCUUCUUUCUAAAGUGUGCACUUGUUCACUACUCCUCACAAAUUGGAUUGGUGUAGCAUGGACUAGAGGGAGUUUAAAUAUAGGUCUACCUGAUCUUUUCCUUUCAAAUCCAUGAAGGGAAGGGAACAAGCGCACACGAAAGGAGAGAUUGGGAUUCAACGACGGAGAAUCUAGUUGAAGGGGAUGUCAAAUAUCUGCACUGCAUUUAUUGUAAUAUCUUCAUUGGAUAAUCAUUAACCAAUUCAGAUUGUUCUCUGAAUUUCUGCAACUCAUUGCAUUCCUCAUUGUGAAAUAGCACAUCUGCUCAAGGCAUCACUUAUGUGCAAUCUAAAAAGAAAUGUGGGUUGCUAUAGGCCUACUUUGAAAUCUUCCUUCCAUGUAGAAAUGUAACAUCACAAUAACAUGAUUUUAUCUUAACACUCCAAUCCCCAAGGCAACCUGGAAAGACACAUUGAUACUUUGUUUUUUAUCACAGAUCAGACAAACCAUUUCAGAUGGAUUUUUAAAGGUUACAUUGAAAUGUUUAAAGGUGGAUCUGAUGUUGCUGUAUAGCUCAGAAGUCCUGUGUUUAUGAAUGUUUCUUAUUCAGUCAAUGUAUAUAACUAAUUUAGACAUUUAUAAAAGACAUGCUGUGACACUGACUUCCAUUGUACAACCUCUCUAGAUUUUGUACUGGAUAAUCAGAUGACAUCUUUUUUUAUAUAAUUUUAGUUUGAACACAGAAUGAUAAUAACGUAUGGCUGUACUAUUUAAGGAUGUUUGUUAGCCUUAAUAGAGUCGAGAAAGACCAAAAUGAAAAGACAGGUGUGAUAAGCAUGACAUUAGGUUUUUGUUCUGUACAUAGAAAUAAAUAUCAUAUUUAUGCUGUAAAUUACUGAAGUUGCACAAUGUGUAUAUUUAAUAAAAUAACUGUAAAAACAUGUCAAGUAA